CCUCUGUGGGCUUGAUGGCCAGGAGUCCCUCCCCAGUCUUUGUCACUGUCCCAGGGCCUCAUGUGAGGCUUGCUCAGCCUGAGGGCCAUGUCAGCAGAGGCUCUGGGGUGACACCAGCUUCCCUGUUGGACACCAGAGGGGUGCACGAGGUGCCUGUGCAGCAUCAGGACGGUGCUGCUAGUGACAAACCAGCUUAUGUCUCCAGAUUCAGGGGGUUUAAAAUGCAGGGGACCACAGAAGCUGUGCAAGUGGGUGCAGGACAGAGGACAGCCGCCUCCUUCAGCAGCACUCCUGCACGCCCUGAUCUGCCUGCAGCUCCGUGGGGAGAAACACUGCCAAGAGACCGAAAGCCGUGGGAGCCCCCUGGUGUACCCAGCAACAUCCACAUGCCAGCAGGACAGCAAGGGAAACAUGCUGAUGUGUCAGAGCUGGGCCCUCCCUGGGUAACAGAGUACUUUCCCAUCAGGAGCUGCCACCUCAUCUUCCAGAAUGGGUCUGGCCUGUUUUACCUCCCGCUGCACGUGGACAUUAAACCAAACAUCUGGUGCAACUGGACCAUCUGGGCAGGCCCCCAGAAGCACAUUGUCAUCUAUGUCCAAGGGUUCCAGGGUAGCGAGGGCUGUGGCAACAACCAGGACAAGAUCAUCUUCCAGGGAGUCUCGUCAAGCGUGGAAACCAAAGUGGUGUUUGCCUGCCACAACCGAGGCACUCUGAUCUUUGCUGCACAAGCCACUGAGGUCCAGGUGUUGUUUCUGUCAGGGAGUGCUUCCAGAAGCCAUGAAUACAGAUCUGAUAUCAUCUGUGGGGAAUGACACAGGACUGCAAUCCCGGCACCAUCCUGGAGAUGUGCUGUUUGAAGUCAGUGUUGAAAUCAAACCCAAGGACUGGAUUCCUCACAGUGGGAGUGAGUUCCAAAAGGGUCUCCUUGAAUCUCUGAAGAAUCACAUCCAGAAGAACCUGAAGCUUUCUGCCAACAGAGUCAGUGAAAUAAAGUUAAGGGAUGUCAAAAGAACGAAGGAUGCCAACCUGCUGCUCACCUUCUGGCUGCACCUGGAGCCAGAGGAGAGGAACGUGUCUCUGCUCCUGCGCUCACAGCUGGAGGAGGUGCUUGGCACCUCGGUGGCUGUGGAGAAGCUGCAGCUUGUUUCACUCUUGGUUGAAGAUGUGAACGAGUGCCAGGCUGGGCUUGGCCUCUGUGGCGAGGAGGCGGAGUGCUUCAAUGGCGUGGGCACCUACCUGUGCCGCUGCAAGAAGGACUAUGAGGAUCAUUCUCCCAGCAAGUCCGGCACGCUCUGCAUCCGCACUCCCCGAGCAGGGAUCAGCACCUUCCUCUGCCACGCUGACAUGCUGGUGGGGGCAGCCCUGGUGACCGGCCUGGUGCUGCUGGUGGCCUUUGGUGCCCUCUGUGUCACGGCCCUGUGGGGACAGGCCCCCAGGAGGAGCCCAAGGCCUGAGGAGCCACCGGUGAGGGCCGUGGAGGAGCCAGCCAUGGAGCUGCAUGCCCUGGGGGAAUGCCUGCAGCUCGACCCCUUCCAGCUGAAGCUGCGGGCCAGGGCCCCCGAGUGGCUCUGGAGUGUCCGUGCCCACCCUGGCCAGGCGGGACAGCGCUCCCCAGAGCCGCCUGCCCCGCUCUGAGGGGGCCCGGGCCUCCGAGGCCUGUGCAGUCACUCCUGCAUUUCCCCGGGUUUCUGCCGGCUGUGCCAACCCUUCU